AGUUGCUUCGGCAUAUAUUUUUGUUUCUCCACCGAACCUGUUCUUCUGCUUCUACAGUCCUGCGGCGUACCCAAAUCUCUUUGAAACGUCACAUUCCAGACCUUCCCCUGCAGAGGAGACGUCACACUUUAGCUACUUUUCUUCUCUACUUAACACAAUACUCUCUUUUAUCUUUGUCGCUGAAAAUUCCCGGGUACCAGCGCAAUUAAAGAGAAGAAGAUGUCAGUUGUAUCCAACCGUGGCAGCCUUGAAAAUGAAAACACCAGUGAUCAGAGAUAUGUUCUAGACAUAUACCCUCUCAGUAACUACUACUUUGGAUCCAAAGAAUCCAUUCCUUUUAAAGACGAGACUCUACAUGAUCGUGUCCAGAGGAUGAAAUCCAUCUAUGCUGUUCAUGGCUUGAGGACUUGCGUGGAAGCAGUUAUUCUGGUUGAGUUGUUCAAACACCCCCAUCUGUUGCUGCUGCAAGUAAGAAAUUCCUUCUUCAAGCUUCCUGGUGGUCGCUUGAGACCAGGUGAAUCAGACAUUGAUGGAUUGAAACGUAAGCUGAUGAGGAAGCUUUCUCUCAGUGAAGAUGGUAACGAAAUGGAUUGGGAGGUGGGGGAAUGCCUUGGGAUGUGGUGGAAACCUGACUUUGAGACAUUGCUGUUUCCACACCUUCCUCCUAAUGUAAAACAGCCAAAGGAGUGCACAAAACUCUUUCUUGUGAAGCUACCAGUGAGCCGAAAGUUCAUUGUACCAAAAAACCUGAAAUUGCUUGCUGUUCCAUUGUGCCAGGUUCACGAAAAUCACAAGACAUAUGGACAGGUAAUAUCAGGGGUUCCGCUACUGCUAUCAAAGUUCUCAUUCAACAUUAUCGACCCUUAAAAUAGGUUAUGGUAAUGUUUUUAGCUGAGGAAUUAUACAGAGAAUAGGAAGUAUGAUGUAUAUUUUCAAAAAAAUAUGUCUAUGGCUUGUAAUUCUUUUGAAGUUAUGAGAGACACUUGUAUAUAUUAUAGUGUUUUACAGGUUAUAAACAAUGAGACAUUGUAAUGUAGUAUUAGCCACUGUAGAUAAGCCAUAUGUUUAGCCUUGUGAA